AUGGGUGGGGGUGCCAGCGCUCCGCAACCUCAGGCCACGGGCAGCCCAGAUGCAGCGAUCCUGGCCGAGAACGAGCGCCUGAAGAAGGAGAUCGAUGCUGUCCAGAAGCGAGCGGACUCCGCGGAGGCAUCGCAGAAGGCCGCUGUUGCGAAGCAGUCCGAGUUCGAGAAGCUCAAUGCGGAGCUGGAGAGCGUGACGAAGAACUCCGAUGCCAGGAACGAGCGUGCGAAGGCCCUGGCCCAGGCGGAGUUGGUCAGCAUGGCGAAGGUCUGGCGGGCCGAACGGACGGUGGAGGAGUGCCGUGGCAUCAAGGAGGUCUCGCAAGCUCGACUGGAGUUCUGGCAUGACGCCCAUGAAACGGCGAUUGUGAAGACAAAGGACACCGCCGGCAACCACGCGACUGUGUCCCGAAGCCGGGAAGAUGCUGCAAAGGAGGCUGCGGAGGCUGCUGCCGCUGAGGAUGCGGCGCGGCAACGCCUGGAGGAGGCGGAGGCCGUGGCCUUGGAGGCCAACCGCCAGGCAGCAGACUUCCGAGAAAAGGAGCGGCAGGCUCACGUUGCCUCCUUUGACUUCGCCAGCGCCGUGGCAUCUGCCGAAACUGCCAUCGUAGAUGCGCAGCAG